CCAGCCCAGCGGGGCUCAGCUGCUGAAAGCGGCCUGGGAGCAGGGCGGGCCGGGCGCGGAGGACGACGUGCGGGAGCUGCUGAGGCGCAGGAGGGCCAGCUUCAGCGAGCAUUUAAAGUGGCUCAUCUUCAACCACCACGUGCCGUCCUUAAUUCAGGAGGGCCCCCAGUGUGGCCUGGUGGCCCUGUGGAUGGCAGGAGCCCUUCUUCACCCACCCAAGGCUGUUUCCCUGGAGGAAGUUGUGCAGGUGGCUUUGGAGAGAGGUUAUACUGCCCAAGGGGAAAUGUUUUCAGCUUCUGAUGUAGCCAAGCUCGCUGAGGAAGUGUUCCCCUGCCAAGCGGAGCUGCUGUCUGGAGGCCUGGAGGGACAGAACCGCGAGAGGAUCCUUCAGCAUCUACUUGCCGGCCUCCCUCUGUUGAUACCAUACGAUGAGGAUUCCAACCACGAACCCUGCCUGCGGCGUGGCUACAAGGCUCACUGGGCUGUCGUCUCAGAGAUAGUCAUUUGCAUCGCUGUCCCACAGGCGAGAGAUUGGCUUCAGCACUUCCAAACGCUCUCAAAACCGGCUGCGGAACGUGCUGCGCGCACAGACUGUGUUCCCAGGAGCUCUGCUUGGCCUGAAGGGGGACUCCCGACUGCCGGCCUGCCAGGAGGACGCGGAGAUGCCCGGGCUCUUCCACGCCACCCCUCCGUGCGCCCCGCUCCCCCCGGGGGCCGUGACGGAGACGUACCUGCUCUCCAAGCAGGGCAAGAGCUGCCGCUACCAGCUGUGGGACUACCGGCGGGUGCAGGAGAGCAACGCCCAGCUGACCGACUUCAGCCCCAGGCGGGCGGCCGAUGGCAAGGUCUACGUCGUGCCCGCAGGGGGGGUGCGGGAGGGGCUGUGCGGCCGGGCUGUGCUGCUGCAUCCUCUCCCUGCCUGGGAGCCUUUGGAGGCCUGAGGUUGUCGCCGCCAGGAGAGCGAGAGGUGUGGGGGCAGCCGCCAGAGCCCGAGAGGCCGAUGGACCACGUUCCCCAAGGGGCCGGGGCCGCUCAGGAGCUGCAUGUCUCAGGAGGGGGAUGUGACCCCCCCUCCCCACCCUGCUGUAUCUUCACAAAGACCCUCUGAGGGGUGCCACGGAGGUCAGCCAGUGAACUUCGUGGUACAAAGAUGAGGAUUGGCACCUGUCCCAGUCCGGCCAGGUCUGACCACUCAACCAGCUGGGCUCCCCGGCCCACCUGAAAACAGGACGGCAUCUUUCUUUGCACACAGUAC